UCCCAAUCAGGGGUAUGGGCUACGAAACUACGCCGAUUCGCCCGCCUCUUCGACAGUGACGGCGACGGCAUACUGACCAAAGCCGAGGCGGUUGGACAGCUAGUGCAGGAAGUACAGAGCGCCCUUGACUCGGAAACCGCUGACGAAAUUACAGACACUAUAGCCGAGGCAUGGAGCUCAGUAUUCGUCAUCCCUGACAGUGGCAUUGACAUCGAUUCUGCUGCUAUUCUGGCCAUAGGCAACGCGGUAUGUAACAAUGACGACAGGAAGAGAAAACUAAGAAUUUGGGCACGAAGUGUCUUCUCAGAGAGUGACUCCGACCUGAGCUGCAAGCUGAGUAGAGCCGAGCAUGGGUUAACAUUUGGUAUGAACCACGUGACCCAGAGCGCUCUCGCGGCCUCCUUCGAUGCGGCUGAUGCCGACGGCAGUGGCGAGAUUACAAAGGCUGAAUUUCUCGGUGCAAUGAUUGGUUAUUUCUGUAAUAAAUCUGAGGAUUCUGCAUUGUUCGGACCGUAG